AUGUUUCGUCAAGCCUCAAGCCUCUUGGGUCGACCCGCUUGCCCGAGCAGGUUCCGAGCCUUGUGCACAGAGGUCCCGGCGGCCAAUCCCAACGCCGACUCAGCCUUCAUCGAGUCAUGGAAGAAAGUGAUACCAAUCAUGGACCCACCCAAAACUCCAUCAACCUAUAUGGAGCCCCGCCCUCCCACACCUUCUUCUCUCCCUUCCAAACUCACCGUCAACUUUGUCCUCCCCUACUCCUCUGAGCUCUCUGGCAAAGAGGUUGACAUGGUUAUGGUACCAGCAACAACUGGACAAAUGGGUGUCUUGCCUGGCCAUGUAGCAACAAUCGCAGAGCUUAAGCCCGGUAUCCUCUCGGUGCACGAAGGGAGCGAAGUGACCAAGUAUUUUGUGAGCAGUGGGUUUGCUUUUAUUCAUGCAAAUUCUGUUGCUGAUAUAGUCGCUGUGGAGGCUGUUCCAAUUGACCAGAUUGAUGCAAGCUUAGUGCAAAAGGGACUUGCAGAGUUCACCCAGAAGCUCAGUUCAGCCACAACCGAUUUGGAGAAAGCUGAAGCACAGAUUGGGGUUGAUGUUCAUAGUGCUCUCAACUCUGCUCUCACUGGUUGA